AUGUGGGAAAAUUACUUCUCUGUUCAGAUAUUCUUUAUUAUUCUUCGAGAGACUUUGGAGAGUGCCAUCAUCAUCUCAGUCCUCCUUUCCUUAGUUAAGCAGGCUUUUACUGUUGAGGGAGCAACUAAGGGUGAGCGUAUUCUUACGGUCGACCAAAAGGACUAUAAUAGUUAUCGUCUUCAGGUUUGGUUAGGAGCUUUAGCUGGAUUGUUGCUUUGCGUUGGAAUAGGCGGUGUCUUCAUUGCCGUUUUCUAUUUCAUCGGCAACGAUGUGUGGAGUGUCGCUGAGCGAGUCUGGGAAGGUUUCUUCAGUAUUAUCAGCGCCUUUAUCAUCGCCGUAAUGGGUUUGGCACUUCUUCGGGUCAAUACUUUGCAAAGUAAGUGGCGGUGGAAGUUGAGUAAGUCGUUGCAAUGCAAUAUUGCUGCAGGUAAUGCUGCAGGUAAUGCUGCUGAGAUGCCUAUUAGUUCAGACUCCAUGGACACUCCUGCUUUGCGCACCAUUCAAAGCUCUGAAGAAGCAAACAAUGAUGACAAUCAGAUUCUUCAAGAGAUGGAAAGUGAACCGAUGUAUGGUGAUAUCAAUAACUUCGUUAAAAUGCGCAAAAGACUGCGAGCUUGGAGCCAGAAGUAUUCAUUGGUCAUCCUUCCCUUCAUCACUACCCUCAGAGAAGGUCUAGAAGCAGUUGUGUUUGUGGGUGGCAUUGGUGUUAAUCAACCAGCAUCAUCUUUUCCUUUGGCAGUCUUAACUGGUGGUCUGCUAGGAGCUGGUAUUGGUAUGGCUAUGUAUAAAGGAGGUAAUCAGAUGUCACUACAGUUGUUUCUAAUUGGCUCUUCAUGCUUUCUUUAUCUUGUUGCCGCUGGAUUGAUGUCAAAAGGUGUUUGGUUUUUUGAAUUGGAGAGUUUUGUUCAAAAAUGUGGCCAAGAUACUUCUGAAACAGGCUCUGGUCCGGGCUCUUACGAUAUCGGAAACACUAUAUGGCAUGUCAACUGUUGUAAUGGACAGAUUGAUGGUGGCUGGAUGUUGUUGAAUGCAUUAUUUGGCUGGUCCAAUACGGGAACCUAUGAAGAGAAUCGUGUUGCUUCAACAGCUGCCACAGAGGAAACAGAUGCAUUGUUAGGAGACUCAGUGCAUUAA